UAGAAGUUUAUUAAACUUUCUUCAUAAAAUUUGUUAAAUAUAAAAUAAAAUAGUUUAAACAUGGCUUCAAGAUGUGAAGUUUUCUUGGAGAUUUUGCUUGCAAUCUUGAUUCCACCUCUUGGAGUUUUCUUUAGACAUGGUUGUUGCAGUUGUGAGUUCUUGAUUUGCUUGAUUUUAACCCUACUAGGUUAUAUUCCUGGAAUUAUUUAUGCAAUUUAUGCAAUUGUGGUUCGUGGUUAUGAUCAAGAUGAAGAAUGGCGUCCUCUCACAGCCUAGUUAUUAUUAUAUUUUUUAAUUUUUAAUAU